CUCGAGUCUCGAACGAAUCAGUGCGCGUUUCACUCUGCCAUUUGCGCGUCGGUACGCGGCAGCGGUGUUACCGGAAUCUCCGACGUGUGCUUACCGGUGCGUAGAAGACGCGUAACCGUCGCGUUGGUUGAGGUGUGCUUUCACGAGUUCGUGUGCGGAAACGUGCGUGGAUUACGAUCAAAAUCGAUCGAUAUGGCGGACACGGAGGUCAAGGAAACAAAAGUCACUACUCCUCAGAAGAAGGUAGUGGAAGAGGAGAAGGUGGUGCAGGAGGAAAUUGACGAGGAUUCGAAAGCGUCUGAAAAUGGGGAUACAAAGGAAACCAAAGAGAAUGGCUCGAGCGAAGAGAAGGAGACUGAUGAGAAAGAAGCAGAAUCUACAGAAAACGGAGACUCGACAGAUGCUCCAGCCGCCGACAGUUGCUGCGUAAAGAGGAAAUCAACGGCCGGAGCCGAUGCAGCAGAGGAUGCACAGGACGGUGCGAGUCCCGAAAAGAAGUCAAGACUCGAGGAGAAGUGCUCCGAAGCCGAGAAUAACGGCGACGCGGAGGAGGCCACGGCCUAAUAUUCUCUCAUGUUUAUUAUUGACAGACAGACCUAAUCUAUAGAUGCAAUUUUAACUACCGAGUGUGAAGCCAGGGCAGAUCGUCUGUGCAUUUUCAGAGAGAAGAUGGCGAGCAUAAAAGAAAAAAAAAGAAGAAAAAAUCCAGAAAAACAUUUUGACGUUUAUUGCAAUUAAGAACUUUCUGUGUUCAGGAUGAUUGUGUGUGUCUCCCAUAGUAUUUCUUGCAAUUGUUAAUUGGCAAUAGCGACACAAAUCCGAUAUUUUUGGAAAAAAUAUCGUAAUUAUUACAUUUUAAUGUAAAGCAUAAACAAACGGUGUUCUCUGUACUGGCAUCCACGUGCAUACAUAUUAUAUAUUCACUUAGCGUUAGAAUUUUAAGAUAAGGAAAUAUACCGAUAAUGUUAGAAAUAAUAUAUUUCUAAUUCAUCAAAACAAAACGACGGUGCGGUGUCUGGAAAAGGGGUACAUUUGUGCAACAUAAUAUUUCCACCUACUUGCUAGUCCUCAUUGUUUCCGACGCACGGACACACAUUGUAUCUUAUACCUAUAGACGACACAUACACACCUUGGACUAUACAUCGGAGAUAGAAUACGGAUAUUUUUCUGCGAAUCAAAAUACAUUCCCGAAAAUAGAUUGACUUGUAACGUUAUUAUGACUGUUCGCCGACGAAAAACUUAAGAGAGCGCCAUUUCUACAGCUAACUUUGAACAUGCGUGUUUCACAAUAUUUUAUUUAUAUAAACUAAUUUUUGAAAAAAAAAA